AUGCAAGAGAUCAAGGUACAAUUUCACGACUCAACUUCACCAAACGAUUUACAUGAUAUAAUUGAUAAGAUAGACAAUACAAUAACCACCAUUGAUUCCAAGUUAGAAAGCUUUGCCAUAUUAAACAAGAAAAAAUUACAACAAGAUGUAAGCAAUAUCGACUUGCUACGGGUCAGUAAAUUGUCUACAACCAUUAAAAAUGCGUCGAGCUUGACCCAAGUACUAGCCACUGCUGAUGAAUUGGGACACAACUUGACUUACAAGAUAAAAUCGCUAGAUCAAGAGAUUGGCAACGUCAAUGAUACCUUAGACUAUGUGGAGAACAUUCAACUAUUAAAGAGCAACAUCAACCAAAUUAACUACGCUAUUGAGGAUCACAAUUGGGAGUUAGCGGCACAAUGUAUACACACGGUAAACAACAAGAUACCGCGUGAGCUAGUUCACGGCGAAUAUGCUUCAGCCGUGAUUCCAUCAACCAAUGUUCCCGAAUUGCCUCAAGUCAGCAUCGAAAACUGGGCUAAGCAACUUGUCGUGGUGUUUCAAAAACAAUUUAAUGAUGCAGCAGCCAAAAGGGAUGUUGAACACUUGACCAAGUACUUUCAAUUGUUCCCCUUGAUAGGCCAAGAAGAAGUUGGAUUGAACUGCUAUGCAAAGUUUAUAUGUGAGAUUAUUAGCGAAUCGUCGAAGAACUUGACCCAAACAAUCAAUAGUAUUACGUCAAGUGACUUGAAGCCAGGUAUCUUUGACACAGUGGCAAUGCAAUUGUUUGAAAAUGUGUCCAUGAUGCUCUCUCAGCAUGGACCCUUGAUUAAACGCUAUUAUGCAUCUACUUAUCCAGAAGCAUUAAUAUACGUGGUUAAUAAAUUACAGCGUGAAGUUGAUUUACAGAUUGGGGUUAUUGCUGAUACGUUUUAUGAUGCUCGACGAUUGGACAAAAUGUUCCAGGAUAUUCACUUGUACAAAUUUCCUGUGUUGUCGAAAAGACUUGUUGAGUUGCACGAGCAUUCGCAAGACCAAGGACGUGUAAGCGAAGACCUUGAAGGUUUGGAUGAUCUUGUAUCUAUUUUAUAUGUGGGAGACUUAAUCCAGGAAUUGUCAUUAAUUCUACACAGCUGGGCUUUAUACUGCAAGUUUAUCACCAUAAAAUAUUUCAACCGACCAGAUUCAUCAGAGUUGAGUAUGCCAAAUAUUAUCACGAAAUCCAACUUUUCCAAAAAGAUAAAUGAAAAACUUUUGCCGGCAUUUGAAACCUUGUACCAAUUUUACUUUCGCCGAUCUUUAGAAAAGUCAAUCACAAUCGAGGAGGUGCCCAGUAUGGAGCUGUACUUGAAACCUGUACCACAGUCGAAGUCACCAGACCAUCCACCUUGCUCAUCGGUGAUUGAAGAUUUAACUUUGAUUUUGAACAAUACUUUACGAAAUGUAAUUCAAUCUGGAUUCCCAACAUCAGUAAAAACUUUUGUAACAGAGAGUUUCCGCAUUAUUCAACAAGAUUUGAUCAAUGGAUACUUUAUCAAAAAUCUCAAUGACAAUCAACCAAAGUAUAAUCAAUCUUUGUCGUUAUUGAGUGGAGAUUCAGGACUUGUCAGCCCGAGAGCUGCCUCAAGGAGUGGAACACCAGAGCCACAUCACGGAGCGACAGCAUCAACAACAGCUAGCUCUUCUGCCGCCAAUGGUGGCUUUUUUAAAGGAGCAUCAAGCGCUUUUGGCAGUGUUGUUAGCGGAUCAGGUGCAAUUGUUGGAAGCUUACAAACCACAUCGUCAAAUAGUCCCAAGUUAAUGAACUUUGUCAUAUAUUUGAAUUCACUUGGUAUUGCUCAGGAAUAUUUCACCAAGAUUAUAAACAAUAUCAAGUCACAAUCAUCUGGUGCCGGUUUCAUCGAUGCUAAUUUUCCUUUUGGCAAAGAUGCAGAAAAGAUUAGAACCAUCUUGAAUCAAGACUUUUUGGAUCCAUUUAUUUCCGUUAGUAACAAGAUUCUAAAUGAAAGCUUAAUCAACUUGUACAAUCAAUCAAUUAGACAGCGUUUAAUUUCGAUGGUCAAUGAGCUAGUGACUGAUAUAAAUGAAAGCAACUACAUUUUAUACUCUUCAAACCAAAUUAAUGAUCCAUCGAUACUCAUCAGGUUCAAGUCUAAUUGGUCUUCACUAACUAGGCCGUACUUGCAAACUUUACAUCAGUCAGUUUGGCAUAAGCUAUUACGUCUAAUUGUCGUCAACUUGGUCAAUUUAAUCGAAAGGAAACUACACUCAACAUUGAAAAAGUUUAGCAUUAACGAAUUCGGGUCGGUCAAACUAGAAAAAGAUAUGAGCUUUGUUAUCAAUGAAGUUUGUGAAGACAAUUAUCAAUUGAGAGAAAAAUUUGUCAAAUUGACACAAUUGGUGUUGCUUGUCGGUAUGGAUGACGAUGAAUACGAAGAAAGCAAUCAUCCUAUGCUUGAGCAUGUAAAAAGUGAUGAUGAAGCUGAAGAGGAUGAAGAAGAGUUUUCAGGAAUCAAUUGGAUUUUGACCCCUCAAGAAAGAGAACAAAUACGUAGUUAUAGGGUAUAA